AUGUGGGUGUUACCGCUUGUGGGCUACCUGGGCCUCAUCCUGGGCUUUGGCUUCCUCACCUUGGCCAUUGCCUCGGGCCUGUACUAUCUUUCGGAACUCGUCGAGGAGCACACCGUCUUGGCAAAGAAGCUGCUCACGCGCAUGAUCUACGCCGUCAUGGUCUUGCAGCUCCUCCUCUGGCUCGUCGACAGCUUCCCCCUCAGUCUGAGCGUCCUGAGCAUGGUCUCCCACAUUGUCUAUGCGCAAAACCUGCGCCGCUUCCCCAUUGUCAAGCUGACAGAUCCGCUCUUCAUUGUCUCCUGCAUCCUCGUUCUAAUCAACCAUUACCUGUGGUUCCGCCACUUCUCGACGCCCCCUCCUCGCUCAAACUACUACCCGUACAACACCAGCCGCGACUAUUCGAUUCCAACAUUCACCGAGAUUGCCUCAUACUUUGGGCUUUGCGUGUGGUUGGUCCCCUUCGCGCUCUUCGUAUCUCUCAGCGCCGGAGAGAACGUGCUACCAACCAUGGGCAGCGAGUACGCUACGGGCGAGGGAAGCAGCUUCAUUGCGCCUGGCCAAGAGCCAAGCGGGGCGGCGGCGAAGAAGGCCAAUGUGGGACUGGCGAAGGCGGCCGUCGACGGGGUGAGGGAUUGGUUGGGGGAGACGGGCGAGGUCAUGGGAUUCUGGAAAGGGGACAGGGUCAAGCGUUUCUAA